AUGAAGAUAUCUCAAGACACAAUCAGCAAACUCCAGCUGGAUGCGUCUUGCAUCAGAAACAUCUGCAUUCUAGCUCAUGUCGAUCAUGGAAAGACAUCCCUUAGUGACUCUUUAUUGGCCACGAACGGAAUCAUCUCACAACGUAUGGCUGGAAAGAUACGAUACUUGGACUCGAGGGAAGAUGAACAACUAAGAGGCAUCACCAUGGAGGCAUCUGCGAUCUCGCUUUACUUUAGAAUAAUGAGAAGGCAAAAGGGGGAAGAGGAAAAAAUCGAUGUCAAGGAACAUUUGAUAAAUUUGAUUGAUUCACCUGGCCAUAUUGACUUCUCUUCGGAAGUCAGCACAUCGUCAAGACUAUGUGACGGUGCUGUUGUGUUGGUAGACGCCGUUGAAGGUGUCUGCUCUCAAACUGUCAAUGUUUUACGUCAGUGCUGGAUAGAUAAGUUGAGACCAAUUUUGGUUAUUAACAAAUUGGAUCGGUUAAUCACUGAGUGGAAGCUUAGUCCUCUAGAAGCAUACCAACACAUAUCGAGAGUUAUUGAACAGGUGAACUCGGUAAUCGGAUCUUUCUAUGCAGGCGACAGACUCGAAGACGACUUGAAUUGGCGAGAGGCCGGUGCAAUUGGCGAAUUUGUUGAGAAAGAUGACGAGAAUUUGUACUUUGUGCCCGAGAAGAACAAUGUGGUCUUUGCAUCAGCGAUUGAUGGAUGGGCAUUCACUGUGAAAACGUUUGCCGAAAUUUAUCUGAAAAAAUUGGGCUUUUCGCAAACUGCAUUGGCAAAGACCCUUUGGGGAGACUACUACUUGGACAUGAAAAACAAGAAAAUUGGAUCCGGCAAAAAGCUCAAGGGUGGGAAUCUGAAGCCUUUAUUUGUGUCAUUGAUUUUGGAUCAAAUCUGGGCUGUUUACGAGAACUGUGUAAUUGAAAGAAAUCAGGAGAAGUUGGAGAAAAUCAUUGACAAGCUAGGUGCAAAGAUUUCUCCUCGCGAUUUGAGAUCUAAAGAUGUGAAAAACUUGCUAAACCAAAUAAUGUCGCAAUGGAUACCUUUGAGCCAUGCCGUAUUGGGAACUGUUAUUGAUAACUUACCUAGUCCGGUUGAAGCACAGCUGGAAAGGAUAGACAAGAUUUUGGAUGAAACUGUAUACAGUGCGGUUGAAGCGGAGAAAGACAAGAAUAAACUCGUGGAUCCUAGUCUUGUUCAGGCUAUGCACGAUUGUGAUAGUUCACAUCCUGAAAAACAUACAAUGGCGUAUGUUUCAAAACUAAUUUCCAUUCCAAAUGAAGAAUUGCCCAAGGAAGUAGAAGUUGGUGUCGAUGUAUCUGCAGAAGAGUUGAGAGAACGGACUAGAAUUGCAAGAGAAUUGGCCAAGAAGGCGUCAGAAGCGGCAGCUGUUGCGCAAGAUAAUAGAGCAAAUGAUGAGUACACUAUAAAUCCCAAAAAGGACCCCUUCGAAUGGGAAUUUGAAGAGGAAGAUUUCGAACAAGAGGAGGAGGAAGUAGAGCAGGUAAAUGAGGAGACACUUGUCGGUUUCACUCGUGUUUACUCUGGUACGUUGUCCAAAGGGCAGACGUUGACCGUCAUUGGACCAAAGUAUGAUCCGUCAUUGCCAAGAGAUCAUGAAAAGAAUGUUGAUCAAAUUGUUAAUGACAUAGAGAUCCAGGACUUGUUUUUGAUUAUGGGUAGAGAGUUGGUGAGAAUGGAUCACGUACCUGCCGGAAAUAUAGUUGGUGUUGUUGGAUUGGACAAUGUUGUUCUUAAGAAUGCAACCAUUUGUUCUUAUAUUCCUGAAGACAGGCCCUACAUCAAUUUCGCAUCUACUUCAACUUUAAUUCACAAUAAGCCUAUCAUGAAAAUAGCAGUCGAGCCAACGAACCCAACCAAGUUGGCUAAAUUGGAGCAUGGGUUGGAUUUACUUGCCAAAGCUGAUCCUGUUUUGGAAUGGUAUAUUGAUGACGAGUCUGGUGAAUUGAUUGUUUGUGUUUCAGGGGAGCUUCAUUUGGAGAGGUGUUUGAAGGAUUUAGAAGAGAGGUUUGCCAAAGGGUGUGAAGUUUCCGUGAAGGAGCCAGUCAUUCCAUUCAGGGAAUCACUUGCUGAUGAUGAGAUUAACAGAGAAGGAGUGGAAGAGCAAGCAGAAGAUGGGGAUGUCGAUGAGACUGAUCUUGUGUCUCUCGAGUUUGAAGUGAAUCCUUUGCCAACUGAAUUGACAAGAUUUUUAAUCGACAAUGAAGGAUUGUUGAAUGAAAUCGCCAGAAACAGGACAAGUGGUUCAGAGGUGAAGACCUUGUUUGCUGAGAAAUUGACAGCCAUUGUGGAGCAAGAAAAGUCAUUUUUCGGAUUUGGAAAUGCCAAAGCCUUUGUUGACCAUAUAGUAGCUUUUGGUCCCAAGAGAGUGGGUCCAAAUAUCUUUUUGGAUAAAUCGGACAAACUCAAACAUCUUUUUGCGGAAAAUAAUCCCCAAGAACCUUUUCAAUUCGAAAACAACAUCUUGAAUGGUGCCCAAUUGGCACUCAACGAAGGUCCGUUGGCUGCUGAGCCAAUGCAAGGUGUAGUUGUCAUUUUAAAGAAAGCGGAUAUCAACGAUAUUGAUGAGAACAAAGUUUUGAUCAAUCGUGGAAAGAUUAUCAAUCAAACAAAAGCUUUGGUCCAUGAGCAAUUUCUCCUCAAGUCUCCACGAUUGCUUCUUGCAAUGUACACGUGUGAAAUUCAAGCAGCUGCUGAAGUUUUGGGUAAAGUCUAUGCAGUGGUGCAGAAACGAGAAGGUUCCAUCAUCUCCGAGGAAAUGAAAGAGGGAACUCCAUUUUUCACAGUCGUAGCACGAAUCCCCGUGAUCCAGGCAUUUGGUUUCAGUGAGGAUAUCAGGAAGAAGACCUCGGGUGCUGCAAGUCCUCAACUUGUUUUUGAUGGGUUUGAUGUUCUUGACAUUGAUCCAUUUUGGGUGCCUCACACGGAAGAGGAAUUAGAGGAAUUGGGUGAAUUUGCAGAAAGAGAGAACAUUGCAAGGAGAUACAUGAAUAAUAUCAGGAGGAGGAAAGGUUUGUUUAUUGAUGAAAAAGUUGUUAAGAAUGCUGAGAAGCAGAGGACUUUGAAGAAGGAUUAG